UGUAGCAAAACCUUUCUCCAUUGUCAAAAAUGUCGCGGAGACAUGAUGUUGCGCUCGCUGCUGCGAUAACUGUGAUAUUGGCCUGUCAGAGGAGAGAAAGGAGGUUUUGGGUCAGACCGUCACUUGCUGCGAGGGUGAGGUAUAGUGGAACUGACCUGUUAAAAGAUCUUGAUGCAGAUGAUGCUACGAAUCAUCCUUCAUUGAGGUGUGAAAUUCGGUGUGACGGUAGUUUUAAAAACUUCUUAAGGAUGACAAGUGAAGAUUUUGAGUUUAUUAUUUUUAUGAUUGGACACAAAAUUGGAAAGAAAGACACUAAAUUCAGGGAUGCCAUACCAGUACGCGAGAAGUUAGCAGUGACUUUAAGGUUUUUAGCAAGUGGGGAUUCUUACCAGAGUUUGAGUUAUCUUUUUAAAAUAUCCAAGUCCGCCAUCUCACUCUUGAUUCCUGAAGUGUGUGAAGCUUUGAUUGAUUUGUUCAAGGACUGCAUCAAAGUACCGACUUCAGAACAUGAAUGGCUCGCAGUUGCUCAGCAGUAUAACAGCAAGUGGAACUUCCCCCAUUGUCUGGGAAGCAUGGAUGGAAAGCAUGUUACAUUGCAAGCGCCUGUUCAUAGUGGUAGUGAUUUUUUUAAUUACAAAGGAUCAUUUAGUAUCGUACUUUUCGCGAUUGUUGAUGCCGACUACUGUUUCUUAUACGUAACCGUUGGAUGCCAAGGACGACUAUCAGAUGGCGGUGUAUUCGAGCAUACGCAGUUCAAAGAGAUGAUGACAAACUGUCAGCUGAACACUCCUAAGGCAAAAUGUUUGCCCGGAAGUACGUACCCUUUUCCACACGUGCUUCUAGCAGAUGACGCUUUCCCCCUUAAAUCUUGGAUAAUGAAGCCUUUUCCAGGGACUCACCCAAAGGGCAGUGCUGAAAGGAUUUUUAAUUACCGCCUUUCGCGUGGUAGAAGAGUGGUAGAAAACGCUUUCGGUAUAUUAUCGGUGGUGUUCCGGGUUUUGAGAAAGCCCAUGUUGUUGGAGCCGAAAAAGGCUGAACAAGUGGUUCUCGCGUGUACAUAUCUCCACAAUUUUCUAAGAAGAAGUAAAACCUCCAGUACAACAUACACACCACCUGGUACCUUUGACUUGGAAAAUGAGAAAACGUAUGAACUGAUACCGGGUCAGUGGAGGGUAGAGGGUUCACCGUCUGGUACAUUGUUCAAGUUACGCCGUCUGCCAAGGAAACCCUCAGACUUAGCGAAACAGGUCCGUGUGAAGUUGAGUGAAUACUUUCUAACCAACGAAGGAUCAGUUCCAUGGCAAAACAAUGUGUGAAUGAAGGCUAGGAUCAAAUUGUUAAUAGUCAUAAUGAAUAAACUCUAUAUUAAAUAAGUCCAAUAAACUUAUUUGUAG